CAUUCAUUUAUUUAUUGUGUUGUUUGUGUCUUUAUUUUUUCUUCUCUCUUCUCGAAUCAACCCUCCAACACAAAACCAUAAGGUCCCCCCCAACACCUUCAAAGUCCUACAAACUCUAAUCAUAGUCUUUUCUCCAUCAUCAACAACAACAACAACAACAACAACCACCAUCAUCAUCCACCUUCUAAAUACCCCCAAUAUAAAACUCAGAUAAAAAACAAAACUUUCUUACAUACCCACAUGGAUUUGGUGAAUAUCUGUCUUUUUUUGUUUCCUUCUGUAAUUUUUUUAAUAAUUUAGAGGAGAAAAUUCAGCAAUGAAAGUGAGAGAGUUCAACUAUGCGAACGCUUUGUGAUGCUUGUGAGAGUGCAGCUGCCAUCGUUUUCUGUGCUGCUGAUGAGGCUGCACUCUGUCGUGCUUGUGAUGAGAAGGUUCAUAUGUGCAAUAAGUUAGCUAGUAGACAUGUUAGGGUUGGUCUUGCAAGUCCAAGUGAUGUGCCGCGCUGCGACAUAUGUGAGAAUGCACCUGCUUUCUUCUAUUGUGAGACAGAUGGAAGUUCCCUUUGUUUGCAAUGUGAUAUGAUAGUUCAUGUCGGUGGUAAAAGAACACAUGGAAGAUAUCUUCUAUUUCGGCAACGAGUUGAGUUUCCAGGUGAUAAAUCUAGUAAUGCAGACAACCAAGGUUCACAACGUAUGGAUCCAGGUGAUAGUAAAAAAGAACAAAGUCCACUUCCCAAACUAAAAAUGGGAGAGAAGCAACAAAAUCACAGGAUGCCUCCGGUUCCAACUUCAGGUGCCGAUGCCGAUGGACACGCUAAGACAGAAAAUAAAAUGAUUGAUUUGAACAUGAAGCCUAACAGAAUACAUGAACAAACGUCGAAUAAUCAGCCAUAGAUCGUGCUACUACGCAAUGCGAUUCUCACACUAGAAAUCUACCUCAUGCAUUCUUAUGACAAGGGUAAGAUGUUGUAUUAACAUCAUGUUCUUGCAAAUAAGGCAUUGGGGCACACCAAAGUUUGAAGAAUUUGUUCUAGCAUAUGUAGGAAUUUUAGUUUGGUAGUUCAACACAUAAUAUCUGUAUUGCAAAGCAUUGUUAACUAUACUACAACUGUGAUGAUCCCUUUCAAUGAAUUGUGUGUUGAAUUUCGGCAUUGUAUUCAUGCUCCCCCAGAACAUAGAGGAUGAUACUUUCUUUCUUUUUUAUAAUAAAAAAAGUGUUUAGACAAAUCACAUUUUAUGGCAGAAAUCAAUGGACUGAUUUGUGAAA